GACUGGCAUGCAUGCUCUUUCCAUGCAAGAAAGCAGGUAUUUGUACAGGGACAUCUGGAGCAGGGGCGGACUGACAACUCAUGGGGCCCCCGGGCAAUAAGGGAUCAUGGGGCCCCUGUGUCCUUGCCCAAACUCAAAAAAGCCUAUGAAAAAGGUACCAGGGGCAUCUCAUGGAGCCCCCUACUUACCCUGGGCCCUCGGGCAGUGCCCGAGUUUCCAAAUAGUUAGUCCGCCCCUG